AAUCAGUUGUGCGGUUAUCAAAUAUUACUUCAUUAAUUCGUGAUAAUUGCCAAUUGAAAAAUGAUAAAUGAGUAUUAAGAUUUUGGAUUUCUUUUUCUAAUUCCUUAGUCCUCAAGGUAUUAUACCUUGUCACAUUGAUAGUUAAUCCAAAAUCCAGAUACUCAGUUGAUCGUUAAUUUCUUGAGCAUUGAUCCUUUUGUGAUCACGUCAUCUUAAAAAAAUAGAUCCUUACGAAAGAUCAAAGAAUUUUUAAAUCAAAGUGGAAAUGUGAAAUCCUUGUACUUAAUAGUUUAUCUAUUAUUUAUUUUAUUUUUGUUCUAUAACAUUCAAUACAUUUUUAUUCGUUAAAAUAUUAAUUAGUUUUUUUUUUUAAGUCUAGAUUUAGAUUAGUUUUAUAAUUAUAACGAUAAUUUUUAAUGUAAAAUUAGUACUUGGUACAUAACGACUUGUUGUUAACAUGUCGAUUUUGAUUGACAAGAAAGGAAAAAAAAAUACCCGUAAGCCAGUAGAUAGCGAGCACAUACAACAUGCAGAGUUCAUUAAAAAAUGUCAUCUAAAAUUAAGAUUAAACUCUAUGAAAAUAGGUGCUGACGAAGCAUGGCAAAAUCACUGCUCUGAUGAUUCACUUUUAAAAAAUUAUUCAAAUACCAUGCACAAGCUUGCAUCACAGUUUUGGGAUACGAAUAAUAAAAAUGAACCGUCAAGUUGUAGAAUCUCAUGGAUAUCACAUAACAUAUUAAAAUAUUUUCAGGAAGAUUAUGUAAAUGAAAUAAUCCGUGAAAAAUCUUUAGCGCAACGAUUUAAUGUAUUUUGGAGUAUUGAUGAUUUAACCUCUAUGCCUGAAAAUCCUUUUUAUCUACUUGAUGUAGGAAGUUGUUAUAAUCCUUUUCAAAAGUAUUUAUCAUAUAAAGUGUUGCCUAUAGAUAUAGCACCAGCUAUCAAAAAUGUUGUUAAAUGUGAUUUUCUUACAGUACCUCUGGAUAUAAAGUUAAAUAUUUUUGAUAAUGUUUGUCAAACAUUACCACUGUCCAAUUUUGAUAUAGUUGUUUUUUCUUUAUUUCUUGAAUAUUUUCCAUUGCCAAAACAAAGAUAUAAAUGUUGUGAAAAAGCUUAUAGGGUUCUUAAACCAGGUGGUUUAUUAGUUAUUGCAACCCCUGAUUCUAGCCAUGCAUCAUAUAAUUCCAAAAUAAUGAAAAAUUGGAAAAUAUCCUUAAGUAAUUUAGGAUUUUGGCGUAUCAAAUAUGAAAAACUAACUCAUAUACAUUGUAUGGUGUUUAGAAAAUGUUUAUUUAAACAAAUUCCCAAAAAUUGGUUGCACUCUUUGAAUAUUUUAAAUAACAUUGAAGAUUUAAUAACUAUCCCACAAGACUCUAGAAAUUAUGAAAAAAUUAAUGAAACAUCAAAAACUAUAAUACAGCGUGAAGAUGAUGAUGAUGUUGCUAACUUAUUUUCUGAAUUAGUUAAUGUAUAAGUAAAGUAUUGUUAAAAACAAUUUUGAACUUUUAAAAAUUUUUUUUUUUUAAAUUAUAGUUAUAAGCUUAAUACUAUUAACCUGUAAUAAUGGGUUAUUAUUAUAUAUUUGUGUUUAAUUUGUUUUCUACUCUUUUAGAAAUAAAUUGGAAAAUUAAAUAUUUA